GUCGUGGUCGCUUUACUCGUCGGGGUCUUUACCGCGAAUGCAGAUAGUUCGCUAGUAAUUGCGACGCAUCCAAUUAUCGCAUCCGAGUUCCAUGAUCUCGAAAAUUCUAGUUGGCUGUUCAUUAGCUUCCUUUUAGCAGGAGCUGCGACCCAAUCGCUGUAUGGCAAGCUCAGUGAUAUAUAUGGCCGGAAACCUGUGUUGUUGGUCUCUUAUGCACUUUUCGCCAUUGGAUCUGCUUUGAUAGGAGCCGGCCAAUCCAUGGGCCAGGUCAUUCUUGGACGUGUGAUCUCGGGCUCUGGAGGGGCUGGUAUAAUAGCCUUGGCGGCUGUAAUUAUAACUGAUCUAGCACCUCUGAGAGACGUUGCGUCGUGGCAAAGCUAUCUCAAUGUCGUUGCUACUGUCGGCCGAAGUUUGGGUGGUCCAGUUGGAGGAUUUCUAGCCGAUACGAUUGGAUGGAGAUGGUCAUUCUUUGGCCAGGCACCCAUAUUUCUGUUCGCUAUGAUCCUUUGUGGUAUUGUCCUACCUGAUCUGAAACCUAGGAAUACUCAAGUCAAUGACGAGGUUGCGAGCAGUCGACUGCGUAGGAUAGACUUCCUAGGUGCCGCGUUCCUUGGCACCGGCCUCCUUGCCCUGCUCUUACCAUUGAGGAUUGGGGGGCAAAAAGUGCCAUGGAUCAGUCCAAUCGUUCUAUCACUCUUUGCAGCGGGAAUACUCCUGCUAGCGUUGUUUGUGGUGACAGAAAUGCGAUGGGCAACCGAGCCAAUCUUUCCGCUGAGGUUAUUGAAUAACCGAGAAGUGGUAUUCAGCUACUUCAUCACAAUUUGUCAAACAGCCGCCCAAGUUGGUAUGAUGGUAUCUGUCCCAUUAUACUUUCAAGUGACAAAAAGGUCAUCUAGCACAGUUGCCGGGGCCCACUUGAUGCCAGCUGUUAUUGGCAAUACUGUUGGCGGCCUUUUGACUGGCGCAUGGAUACGAAAAACCGGCCAAUUCAAAGCGCCAUUGGUGCUUGCGGGGGUAAUCUCGUCCAUCAGCUACGUGCUCUUGAUUCUUCGAUGGAAGGGGGAUACGAAUUGGGUAGAAUCUUUUUAUAUAACGCCUGGCGGCUUUGGUACUGGCAUAUCCCUUAGUGCGGUUUUUAUCGCUCUCCAGGCGGCAAUAGAUCCCAAAGACAAGGCUGUGGCAAUAUCAGGAUUAUUCCUUUCGAGCCCUAUCGGGUCAAUCUUAGGCAUGGCCGCUGGCAAUGCGAUGAUGCAAGCAAUAAUGCCGGUGGACUUGGCCUCGAGAUUGCGCAAUCUCGGUAUAGAAGGAAAUGAAGCUGAAAAGGUUAUCAAGCAAGCUAUGGCACGCGUGGACUAUCUUGACGAGGCACCACAAGGAAUUGCUCGAGUCGUGACGCAAGCGUACGUUCGCGGCCUCGAAUAUAGCCAUGGGAUAUCAUUGUUAUGCGCUAUAUUAGCAACAAGUACGGCGUUAUUAAUGAAGAAUGGAAAAUUAAAUUGAAAUGUAAAAUGCGAAAGGAAAAAAGGGGCGGAGGAAGGUUGAUGUUACGCAGAAUGGACCCUGCAUGUUACAUACAUACCCCUGCAACAGCCAGAUAAAAAAGUGUUUAACCUUGUAAUAAAUUUGACGUCAAUAGGUGUGUGAGCCUGUGAGGUUACCAAGUCCUAGGCAC